CAUCAUCAUGUCGAGCUGCCUCUUCCUCCUGAAGGCACUUCUUGCUCUUGGGUCCGUGGCAUCCUGGGUGACUGCAGGAGAGCAUGUCCUUGACUUUGUCUUCAUACUGGUUGCCUCCUGGUUGCAAGAAGGCUGCUCUGAUUCCUUGUCUGUCUUUGGACUGGAAGAAGAAAGAAAUGAGGGGCCAGUUUUGACAGUUGUAUUCCCUGAACCAACAGUGCAAAAGUUUUCCCAGCUUAUAUCUUAGUUUGUGGUCACCCCUAGUUACAAGGGAAUAUGGGGGAAGCAAAUCAUUUUAGCUGACUGGGCUCACUGCCUCUCGGAACAAGCCUGGGAUUCUAUUCACAAGUGCUUCGGUUAUUUAUUGCCACCUAACAAACCAUCCCCAAACUUAGCGACUUAACACAGUGCAUUCUUUCUCACAGUUGUGUGGCUUUGUGGGUUGCCUGGGCUUGGCUGGGCUUAGCCGGGCAGUUCUUAUACCCAGUGGCACAGCUGAGGUGCUUCAUGCAGCUGGGAGCUCCCUGACAAGUUCCACUGUGGCUGGAAUGUCCAGGAUGGCCUCUCCUCCUCCAGAUUCUCUCUCCGGAGGCGUCUCAUUAUCCCGCAGCCUAGCCCAAGCUGCUUUACAGCAUGGUGGCUGGUUUCCAAGAGGGAGUGUUCAAGCCCCAGUAUGCAAGCGUUGCUCAAGCCUCUGCUUGCAUCAUACUUGGCUGGUGUCCUGUUGGUCAAAGCAAGUCACCCAGUCAAGCUCAGAGACAGUACGGGAGGGGGCUUACCCAAGAGCAUGUAUUCCAGCAGCCCGCGGUGUUGAUGUCGACCACAAGUUUGGCGGUGAAUGUCCUGCCGACCCCCUUCCAUGUCAAGAGCUGUGUGAUGGGGACGCAUCCUGUCCUCAGGGACAUAAGUGCUGCAGCACCGGCUGUGGCCAUGCCUGCCAUGGAGACAUUAAGGGAGGGCGGGGUGGUGACUGUCCAAAAAUUUUGGCGGGCCUGUGCAUUGUCAGCUGCAUGGUGGAUGAGAACUGCCAAGCUGGGGAGAAGUGCUGCAAGUCAGGCUGUGGCCGUUUCUGUGUCCCGCCAGUCCUGCCACCCCAGCUGGCCCUGAACCCCAACCGGACCAUCAUGUCUAAUUUUGAAUUAGAGAUCCAGGUGCCCUAGCUGUCCUGAUGUGUCCUGAGUUUCUUUGGUGACUCCAGGGGGCUUGUCCUGGUAGCCAGGAGAGGAUGAUGUCCUGGGGCUUGUGGCACCCCCAGGGACUUGCAUUGCCCUCGCUGCUCUGUUUCUGUUCUUGCUGCUGCCCUGAGCGUAGGAAACCCAGCCCUGGGCUUGGGCAGUGGGUGUGUGGUGCUUCUUUUCCCCAAUAAAGGCUGAUGCUGACCCUCUUGUCUGUGCUCUUUGAGGGCUAAGAUGAGGAAAGAGAGCAAAGGGGUCUGAACCUGGCUGUAGGAUUAUGGGACUGACUUAUCUAGGAAGGAUAGGGGAUCCCUUCUUUCUGAGAACACUGGAAAUGGAUGCUGGUUGGGCGUGGCCAGGGGGGAGAAGGAUGCAAGCCAAACCUGGGGUGACUUGCCAUAGACUUGUCCAGGAGUGGGACAGUCAGGCCUCUUUUUGGACUUCCUGGCCUUUCUUUUGUUGGAGAAUAUGAGUUGGGGAACGGAACUGGGGUGAGUGGCUAGUUUUUUGAGUCGCUUGGAUGGUCCCACCUUGGCUCACCUUCCUUGGGGGCCAGCCCUUGGCUCCAAGACAGGUGUUUUGUCCCCUCCAGGUAGCUUUGCUCUAGGGAGGGAUGUCUUUAGGUUCUUGGGACCAAGAUAAUUUAAAAAAAUAUAUUUUUUAUGUAGACAAAAUAUAUAUUCUGUAUCUUGGAGAUCUUUUAUUCUAUAUCUUGGAGAUCCUUUAUGCCAUCACAUACAUUCUUUUAAUACAGCUCGGUGAAAAUAACUAACCAGUUACCUCUUGUUGGACAUUAACAUUUUUGCACAUAUAAAAAUCAUGGCCUACUUUUGCAG